AUGCCUUUCAACUCCGCUUCUGACGCCUUUCAACUCCACCCCGACGUUCGCUCGUAUGGAACGAUCCUCAGCGGCGGCGGCGGCCACGACGCGCGGCGGCUUCUUCGUCUUCGCGGUCGCGUCUUGACGUUUCUCGACGCGCACGGGAAGUGGUCGCUCGUGGACGCGUUCGUGAUGAUCCUGUUCCAGGCUGCGUUUCAGUUCCAUCUCGAGCUCCGCGGCGACGACGGCGGCGACGGCGGUCACGGGUCGGCGAACAGUCUCAGGUGCGUUCAUAUUUACACUGGUCCCAUAUAUGACGACCGCGUUCGCGCGGUGAACGCCGUUUCUUAUUAA